AAGCAACAGACAGCAUUAAGCUUGAAAUCUUGGACCAGCUGCUUGAACCAGACCACGAAGAUGUCGUCUUCACCACUCCGUCUCGCUCUUGCCCUCAUGUGCCUGGUCUCAGCCAUCGGCGUCAUAUCGUGCGGCCGGCCCCAUCUGGCUUUGAAUUCGGCUCUGGAAGAGGCCCGCAACUAUCCGCUUGGAGAAGAGGUACCAGAGAGACUCACUCUCCCCGAGCUCCAGUGGAUGCUCAGUAACAACGAGAUCACGCCCGUUCAGAUGGAAGAAGCCCCUCGCAGCAGGAUGGAGCUUGUCAGGAGAGACAACACGGUGACGACCAAACCAGUCAACUGCAUGAACUACUUCUGGAAGUCCAGGACAGCAUGCUGA